GGAAUGCUUCUUUCAACAGCAGCAAAAGUUAGUCAACCACCUCGGUGGCUUGCUAGACAAAAUAGCCGAACCAAUAAAGCUCUUUAGGCGCUUUAGUGUUUAUUAGCCACUGUGUUUUAAACACACUUCUGUCGUCCGUUUUAAUUUCAUAUUUACGGUUGUUGUUAUUAGUCAGCUAGCGGGCUGGUUAAGUUAGCAUUAGCCUAUCUAGCUAACAUUCCCGACCAUGAGCUCACUAAGCAACUCUCCUCCUGCAAAAGAAGAGGGGAUCUGCUGGACGGAGAAAACGGGGCUGUGGCUGAACAUUGUGGUGAAAGAGGAAGAGGAGGAUGUCACAAUAGAAAAACAAGUAGAGGUUGAGGCCGUUACAGUGAAAGAAGAAGAUAAAGACGUUACAGUUAAAGAAGAGGAAGACUCGUUCAGAGUAAAAGAGGAGGAGGAUGUUACAGUAAAAGAAGAGGAAGAGAAAGAGGAGGAUGCAUGUUUUGGAGUGAAAGAGGAGGAUGGGGAGAUGACUGUCACAGUGGAAGAAGAGGAGGAAACUGAAUAUCUGGGCUCGGUUUCACAAAGGCAUGUUAAAGCGUCCAAUGGUUCUAACGAUGAACGGGCCCUGAUUAACACUAGAGAGAGACGGGACUACCGUGGGUCCUCUGGAGAGCCUCAAAAACAUCAUGAUGCUGACAAGGCAGAGAAGAGUCUCUCCACAUUAGAACACCUCAAGAAACACCCGCAGAGAUCCACAGGGAAGAGAACUCACUGCUGCUCUGACUGUGGGAAGAGAUUCACCUCAUCAGGCAUUAAAAUUCACCAGAGAAUCCACACAGGAGAGAAAUCUUAUAGCUGUGAUCAAUGUCAGAAGAGUUUUGUUACAUCUAGAGUUCUGACAGUACACCAGAGAACACACACAGGAGAGAAAUCUCAUAGCUGUAAUCAAUGUGGGAAGUUUUUUUUUACAUCUAGCCAUCUGAAGAUACACCAGAGAACACACACAGGAGAGAAAUCGUAUAGCUGUGAUCAAUGUGGGAAGAGUUUUGUUCAAUCUGGCAAUCUGACAGUACACCAGAGAACACACACAGGAGAAAAAUCUUAUAGUUGUGAUCAAUGUGGGAAGAGUUUUGUUACAUCUAGCGUUCUGACAGUACACCAGAGAACACACACAGGAGAGAAACCGUAUAGCUGUAAUCAAUGUGGGAAGAGUUUUGCUUCAUCUAGUGGUCUGACAGUACACCAGAGAACACACACAGGAGAGAAACCUUAUAGCUGUGAUCAAUGUGGGAAGAGUUUUGUUCAAUCUGGCAAUCUGACAGUACACCAGAGAACACACACAGGAGAGAAAACUUAUAGCUGUGACCAGAGAUAAUCUGAUAAAAGAUAUCUGAUCCAAUUUUAGAAAAUACAUACAUGAAGGAGUUGUCUCAUGAUAUCAAUUAAUUAAUGUCACAAUGUAGAAUGUUUUAACAUUGUAGUGGGAGUAUUUUAAUAAUUUUAAUGAUAAUAUUGCAGGAGUUUCCUCUUGAAAUCAGACAUGUGUGGUAAGGACAACUUGGUUGCUAAAUGUCUCAAGGGUGGGCAGUCAAAACGUUUUGUGUUUAGCCAGUGAGUUACCAUGGAUCACAAACUCCUAUUGGAGGUUGAGUUUUGUUUGGGCUUGUUCCAAGGGGACAAGAGUUCUAGAAUCUAGUGGGGGAAAAAGUUUUUUCUAGUUUUUGAUUGUUGACAGCCUGCAGACACCAUGUUUAUAUUGGUGAAGGUGAAGCUUUGUAGUUGAUUAUAAUGUGAAAUGGAAGUUGUUUUCUGUUGGUGGUAAGCUUUCUCUUAAGGUGUUACAGUCUUUGGUUUUUCCAUUUAUGUUUUGAGUUUGGACGGUAGCAAGUAUAGCUCGUUAGCACGUAGGGCGCACUGAUUGGUGUCACCUCGUUAGUCAGUAUGUGUUACACCUGUGCUGGCUUGUCCAUCUCGUUAGUGGAAGGUGUUUCACCUGAGCUGGUCCAAGUUCUAUUUAAGAGUGUCUGGCCCAGUGCUCCAGUUGUUUUGAUAGAUAUGGAGUGUCAACACCUUAAGUUGCUCCACCUUUUUGGUUUGCUUCCUGUCUUUAAGUUUGGUGUGGGUUUUUGUUUUGUUUGCCUCUUCUUGGGCAGAUUUAGUGGGUCUAAUGGUGGGUGUCUUUCAGGUCCCCGUUGUUGUUACUAGUCAACUUUCAGUGGACACCUCCAUAGUGUCUUUCAGAGCCCCUCCUAUAUUAAUUAUGUGCUCAUUAGAGUUUUAGUUGGUAACCUUCUGUUUUUUUAUCCUCUUAUGUUUGUGUACAAAAUAUUUCUGUUUAUUUUCAUUGUUUUAAUGUUUUUUCCUGUGAAGCCAUUGUGUUGAAUCCAUGUCUGAAAUGUGCUGUGUAAAUAAAGCUUGAUUUCAUUUGAA